CUGGUCCUGACUGCAGCCACAGAGAAAACAGAGGGCUACCAGCGCUUUCUACGAACCACCAAAUAUUUCAACUACACUGUCAAGACUUUAGGGCUCGGUGAAGAUUGGAAAGGAGGUGAUGUUGCCCGGACGGUCGGUGGAGGUCAGAAGGUCCGAUGGCUGAAGGCUGAAAUGAAGAAAUACGCAAACGAAGAGGACCUUAUUGUCAUGUUUGUGGACAGCUAUGAUGUGAUCCUGGCCGGAAGUCCGAUUGAACUUCUUUGGAAGUUCCUCCAGUUUAAGAGCAAUCUGGUCUUCUCAGCAGAAAUGUUUUGCUGGCCGGAGUGGUCCCUGGCUGAAAAGUAUCCCCCGGUCACUUUUGGAAAGCGCUUCUUAAACUCUGGAGGAUUCAUUGGCUAUGCUCCGGUGAUCAACCGGAUUGUCCAGCUGUGGAAGUACAAGGAUGAUGAUGAUGACCAGCUGUUUUACACACGCAUUUACUUGGAUCCUGCCUUGCGUGAAAAAUACGGGAUCGCCUUGGAUCACACGUCCAAAAUCUUCCAGAACCUGAAUGGGGCCAUUGAAGAGGUUGUGCUGAAAUUUGAGCAGACCCGCGUGCGAGCCCGCAACGUUGCAUACGAUACUCUUCCUGUGGUUAUCCAUGGCAACGGACCCACCAAGUUACAGCUGAAUUAUUUGGGGAAUUACAUCCCCAAUGCCUGGACAUACGAGGGAGGCUGCGAAGUAUGCGAUGAUGACCUCCUGGAUCUGUCAGACGUGCCAGAAGAAUCAUAUCCACGUGUUCUGCUGGGUGUCUUUAUUGAAAAGCCAAUACCGUUCUUGCCUCAGUUUCUUCAGCGUCUUCUGACUUUGGAUUACCCUUAUUCUCACCUCAGCCUCUUCAUUCACAACCACGAGGUGUACCAUGAGCCCCACAUCCAAGCUGAAUGGGAUCAACUUCGCAAGGCCUUUCACCCCAUCAAACUAAUCGGGCCGGAAGAGGAUCUGAGCGAGGGUGAAGCCCGAGAUAUGGCUAUGGAUCUGUGCCGACAGGAUUCCACCUGCGACUAUUACUUCAGCGUCGAUGCUGAUGUGGUGAUGACAAAUCCCGAAAUCCUGCAGAUACUAGUGCAGGAGAACAAGAACGUGAUUGCUCCCAUGAUGUCUCGGUAUGCCAAGCUUUGGUCCAACUUUUGGGGUGCCCUUAGCCCCGAUGACUAUUACGCCCGCUCAGAGGACUAUGUGGAAUUGGUGCAAGGCAAGAGAAUUGGCGUGUGGAACGUCCCCUAUAUCUCUCAGGCCUACCUGUUGAAAGGGGAGAUCUUAAGGCAGGAUUUGCCCCAACGCAAUAUUUUCACCUUGGAGGACACGGAUCCAGAUAUGGCCUUUUGUAAAAGUGUGCGGGAGAAGGGCAUCUUUCUCCAUAUUAGUAAUCGGGAUGAUUUUGGACGUCUCCUUUCCACCAGUAGAUACAACAUCUCCCACCUACAUCCUGAGCUCUGGCAGAUUUCUGAGAAUCCCAUGGACUGGCAGGAGAAAUAUAUCCACGAAAACUACUCACGCGUUCUUGAGGGGGAGUUUUUUGAGCAGCCUUGCCCUGAUGUUUACUGGUUUCCUGUGUUCACCGAUCAGAUGUGCGACGAGCUCGUGGAAGAGGCGGAAAACUUCGGCCAGUGGUCUGGAGGAAAACAUGAGGACACUCGGCUGGUUGGUGGCUACGAGAACGUCCCUACCGUUGACAUUCACAUGAACCAAAUUGGCUUUGAGAAGGAGUGGCUGCAGUUCUUGAGGGACUACAUUGCCCCGGUCACAGAAAAGUUCUAUCCAGGCUACCACACUAAGGCUCGCGCAAUCAUGAACUUCAUGGUCCGAUACCGUCCGGAUGAGCAGCCUUAUCUUCGCCCCCAUCACGAUUCUUCAACUUUCACCAUCAAUGUUGCUCUCAACCACAAAGAGGUAGAUUACAAGGGAGGCGGUUGCCGAUUUAUCCGCUACGAUUGCAAAGUGGAAUCUCCCCGCAAGGGAUGGAGCCUGAUCCACCCGGGACGUCUCACCCACUAUCACGAAGGUCUGCCCACCACUUGGGGCACUCGCUACAUCAUGGUUUCCUUUGUGGACCCCUAACGC